GCGUUCGAGAUUAAGACAAGAUGGCCGCAGCUACCAACUUCAGCCGGACUAGAAAAAAUGAAAUUCAUCGCGUUUGUUUCAUUCAUUGAAUGACCGCUUCACUGCCACCGUCGAAACUGAACCUCACUUUCAGAAGAACGGACUCAGCCACGAACGGUCCAAAAUGAUUCUUCGCGUACAGUCGCCCGACGGGACCAAGAGGGUGGAAUGCGACUCCAGUGACAGCACGGCCCUGCUUUAUGAUAAGAUCCAAAGUGCCUUCAACUUGCCUAGCGUCUUCUGUUUCGCGAUCUACAAAUGCCGCGACAAAUCCAAGCCGAUACCGUCGCAAGAGCGCAAGCAUCUCUCGGUGUACAGUCUCAAGCACGGAGACAUGCUGUACCUGGUAUACACAGACCGGCUCACGAGCGACGGGGAGAAAUCGACCAAUCAGAAUCAAAUAGGCACCAAGCAAUCGGAUUCGGCGAUGCCGGCGCAAGCGGCGGCAGCGGCGGGGCCGCCGACGUCUGGAGUUGUCGAGGACGAGGUGGAUGUGUUCCUCAGCAAGCAGUCGGGCCUCAUCGACCGUCCGCGUGAUGAGAAGCUGUGCCACCACGGAACCAAUGCCAAGUGUGUCCACUGCGCUCCACUCGAGGUCAGUGUCAUUCGCCUGCCAUUGGUGACAGUUGUUGCUCACCACCGCACGCUUUGUUCUCUGCAGCCAUUCAACGAGGGUUACCUGCGGGAGCACAACAUCAAGCACCUCUCCUUCCAUUCCUACCUGCGCAAGAUCACUGGUGGCCUCGACAAGGGCAAGUUUGCGGCCUUGGAGAACAUCAGCUGCCAGUUGCGUCCGGGGUGCAAGGGUCACGCCCCCUGGCCGCAGGGCAUCUGCACCAAGUGCCAGCCCAACGCGCUUACCUUGAACCGCCAGGUCUACCGGCACGUGGACAUGGUGAUGUUUGAGAAUGCCUCGCUGGUGGAGCACUUCCUGGACUUCUGGCGGGAGACGAUGCACCAGCGGGUGGGCUUCCUAUACGGACGCUACCAGCCCCACAAGGACGUGCCCCUGGGCAUACGAGCCAUCGUGGCGGCCAUCUACGAGCCCCCUCAGGAAAGCACGCCGGAUUCGGUGCGCCUGUUGCCGGACGACAAGGAGAAACUUGUGGACGAGCUGGCGUCCAGGCUAGGACUUGUCCGGGUGGGCUGGAUCUUCACGGACCUUGUAGCAGAGGACCUCCAGAAGGGCACGGUCAAGCACCUACGCAACAUUGAGUCGUGCUUCCUGAGCGCCCAAGAGUGCAUCAUGGCGGGCCACUUCCAGAACAGCCACCCGAGCCCGUGCCGGCUCUCGCCCGACGGCUACUUCGGCUCCAAGUUCGUCACCGUCUGCGUCACGGGCGACAAGGAGCAGCGGGUGCACAUGGAGGGGUACCAGGUGUCGAAUCAGUGCAUGGCGCUGGUGCGGGACAACUGCCUGCUGCCCACCAAGGACGCCCCCGAGCUGGGCUAUGUCCGGGAGUCCUCCAGCGCCCAGUACGUGCCGGACGUCUUCUACAAGUACACGGACUCAUACGGGAACGAGGUGGCUCAGCUGGCGCGCCCCCUGCCCAUCGAGUACCUGCUGGUGGACGUGCCAGUGUCCACCCCGGUGGAGCCCCAGCACACCUUCUGCGGGGGCCUGGCUGGACGGAGGCGCUUCCCCGUGGAGAACCGCCUGCUCGAGGGACACAUCCAGGACCUGCCCGCCGUGGGGGCGCACCUGGCGCAGUUCGUGGCGCAGGGGGGAGGGGCCGAAGGGGCCCUGGAGGCCUUCUCUGACUUCCACCUGCUACUCUACCUGGCCUCCCUGGACAUCGUGCCCCUCAAGGACACGAUGGCUCCCCUCCUGGAGGCGGUGAGGACCCAGAACCGGGAGAUGGCGCAGCAGUGGACCACCAACGAGCACUGGCAGACCUUUGAACAGAUCCUGGCGUCCCAAGGUCCGGGCGGAGAGCAGAGGGAAGGGGGUGCCUCAAGUUCGUGGACCUGCCAGCACUGCACGUUCCUCAACGGCGGAACCAGCAACGUGUGCGACAUGUGCGGGCUGCCACAGUAGCCGCCGGACGCUCGGACGCCAUACCCACUUUUUUUUUUUGCGAGGCGUGCAGUUCGACGGUCUUGGUCUUCAUGGAAACGGGCCGCCGUUGCGUCUGCUUUUGCAUCGCACCGAACUCGUCUGCAUACCGCCCAGUGGAUGACACUGCUCUGGCCCAACAAUUACAACCUCUCCUUCUUGUGUUUUUUUUUUAAAUGAAGGGGGUUAAGGACGUCGUUCGAAAAAGGGGCGAACCUAAUUUAUUUGUGGAUCCCCAUGGCUUUUCUUCCCCACAAUUCUGCACUUUAUUGUUUUUUGCCAAGUUUGGAAAGUGAUUGCUGCUUUCGAGAAAAUACAGCAUUGGGCGAA